ACUCAAGCAAAUAGAGUGACAAGAUUUAGUUGACCGUGAUUAUUUGUGUCGUUCCGUUGUAUCCAGUUUCCCACUACACGCCAUGGCUUCAGCUUCUCCAGACGACGACCUCCUCUCAAUACUUCUCGUCAAUCUUCGCAACGCAGCAGCCACUUUCGGAGAAGGGUCGCCGCCUUACGAAGCCAUUCGCACCGUUGUCGAGGAGCACCUCCAGUCCAUGAAGGCUGCGGGUGCAAAGACCAACCUCACUACUAUUCGGAAGUCAGAACGUCCUGAUGCACCCUCUCCUGAGAAGCAAAGUGGCAACGUGAAUACGCUGUCGUUCGCCAAUUUGGCGUUUAGACCAAAGCCGAUUUGAUCUGACAAUGGUGUGAUGAAACGACGGCCCUGAGAUCGGAUUGCAAGGAAAUUGCCGCUAUCUACUCGAUUCAUGCGUAUCUCCGCACGCAGCUGCUAUGAGGCCCCAGCAGUCGAAAAGACCACGGACUCUGCGAUCGCCACUAAUUCGUCACAAGACGCUCAGAGAGAGCUCUCCCUCGAUUCUCGCUUGCAUUCCUCCGCAAUGCCUGUCCUGCUAUGUCUGAAGCCCUUCGGCUGCGCUAGUUUUCUGCCAGUCACGUCAGCUUCCAUCACCCGGAUAUCACAGAGGGAAAGGCGGCUUACUACGCUUCGUCGCACGCGCACGUGUCUUCUUCGCCGUGGCUUCCACCGCCGGCUCCUGCACUGCCUCUCCAGCUGGGUUGCUGACCGAAGCGGCAUUUUCGACGGGCAAGGCGCUCUUGGCUGUCUCCGGGUGUACGGCUUCCAUUUGAGGAGUUCCGGCUGCCUGCACACUCUCCGCCAUCAUCUGAUCCUGCGGCCCGAUGUGAGACUCUUUCCCUUUCUCCACCACUCCCUCCAUCAUGAUCCCAGAGUCAUGAACAUCCGUCGCGGUUCCGCCCGGAGUACCUUGAGUUGGUGCGGUGCUCUGAUCGGAAUGGAUGAGCUCCGAGAACGCUGCUUGAGCGGCAUCCCUCGCGGGGUCGAAGGCGGGAGCGAGGACGCGUUGGGCUUGACCAUUGGGUACGCCGUGGGGCGUGAAUGCUUGAGCAGACACCGGGGUUGGCGGGUAAGCCCAAGCUUGAGUCGCUGCUCCGACGAAGCCACUGUUGUCCAUGGAGGCGUUGGGAAGCGAUGGGGUCUGCUGCGGUGCGACACUGACAGGAACCGUGCUUGCCGCUUUCUGCGCCUUCUUGGUCGGUUUCUUUGCGGGCUUCUUGCGAGUUGCGGGAGGGCUGGACGGCAGAUUGUUGGUCACUGUGGUCUGUGCGAGCUCACCCGUGGCGAAGCGGUUGUGCUGAGUCGUGUAGAGAGACUGAGUCGGGUUGCCUGGUGUCUGAUAAGUGGGGAUGAUGUUCUGGGAGGGCGCAGCGCUGGCGACGGGCGGGGGUGGGAAGGAGAAUGCAGUGUUGGUGGGGAGCAUUGGCUGGACUCCGGAGAUCAUGAAGUUGAGGAUGUGAUCCUUCGAGUAGCCGCGUUCCAGAUAGUAGAAGGUGUCACGAGCGGCAUCGACGCGGAUUUGGUACGCAAGUUCUGUCGUCAUAAAUCAGUCUCUGUUCGUCAAGCGGGAGAAGAAGGGAACCGACCUGGACGCGGGCGCAGUGAGUGCGAGGCUGCCGAGUUGUUCUCCCCGUCAUCUGUGCGCUGCCGUUUGGCUCCAUUGUCUCCUUUAGGAUCGUUCUGGGGAGCGUUCACAUCCUGAGUGGCGUGACGACCGAUUGGAUUGACAGGACAGAAGUACUCCUUGUGUCCUCCAGAUCCGCACUGACCGCAUCUGUGGAGCGGGACGGUGCAUGCAGUCGGCAGAUGCCAGGCAUCGCAGUUGUGACACAACGCCCAGUACUGUGAACAAAGUCAGUGAAGUGCGAC